AUGGCGGAAAAGCACGACGGUGAACAUGCUACGCCCGGGACAAUGUCUCAGAAUAUCUCAGUCGCUGGUGGCGAGAAAAAUUUAGAAGCAGCUCCGGGAAAUGGCGACGGCUCGACAAUCACUCCUCUCGAAGCUGAGGCUAGCAUUGAGAGAUCUAACUCGAUGACACAACGAGAUGGACGAGAGAAAUUGGAUGAACCGCCUGCCUUGCCAUUCAACCUCCGAGAUCACAAGCUUUCAUUAUCAAUCUUCGCCUUAUUGGCGCUCGCAGAAUGUUGCUUCAUUCCCAUCAGUCUUUACUAUGGGCUGAGCAAAGGUACCAACAUGAGGUCAGGAAUCUAUUUCGCCAUCAUCACAAGCUUGUUCGGCUUUGUUAGCGGAUACGAAUUCGGUAUUCGAGGCUGGCGACUGAUCCGACCGACCGACGAAUAUCGACCAUUGUUCGGCAGUCCCCGAUUUUGGGGGUUUGACAGCACCCAAUAUGUGAUGAUGAUUCCAUUCACGGUCAUGACGAUUAUUUUGAUCAUAUUCAGCAUCCCUCAUUACCCUUCCGUCAAAGCUUUGUCGCUUCCCAUGCCGGUUGGUAUGAUCAACCUCGGUGUCAUGUUUGUCAUGAAUGGCUGGGCCGCUCAGCAUGGCUGGAGGUUGAUGUACUUCCGACUCAGCUCACACGUAAAAAAUUCCAUUUGUCCUCCACUUACAUUUUGCUUGAUGGAAGACGUGUGCGCUGUCGACGGCAAAGGGGGGAAGAAAUAUCGACAAGCAGCGCUAGCAAGAUAUAAUGUAUCACCACGAUUCAGAGCUCUGUUGAUGCAACUGCUGUGGUUUUGGUCCAUCCCGGCCAUUCUCGUCGGUGCAGGUUUGAUCGUGGUAAUCUAUCUGUGCAGCGAUGAUGUUGCCUACGGAGUGGGUUGGGGAGCCCCAUCAGUGUGGGUGGGAAUCUGGAUACUGAUCACGGUCAUAUGGGUCCAACGCGCCUUGCGGAUCGAAAAAGGGACCUGGAAAUUAGACCAGGCUGGGUCGGCCUGA